CAUACAUUACUCGCAGCCUGAACAAUGUCUUCUAUAAAGCGCAAGGCCCUUGAGUCAUCGCUCCAACGGCGAGUCCGAGCUAGAAGAGAUGCGAGUGAGGAGCCACAAGAACUCUCAGAGUCAUCAGAUCAAGACGAUGGUGCCAGUGGCAGUGAGGAUGGUGUAGAUGAGAACUCAGCUACCAAUAAUGAAAGCGAUGACUCUGGAGAUGCGGGAGACUCUGGAUCAGACGGCUCUGAGCCUGGCGAGGCAGCAUCAAUAUCGUUUGGCGCAUUGGCCAAAGCGCAGGAGUCUAUACAGCGGUCAGCGAAAGGGAAAUCCGGGAAGGAGAUAAAACGACCCAAGAAAGUGUCCGAUGACCCAUGGGAAAACAAUGAGGCAGCCGAAAGGAAGGCUGGGCGGAAAGACCACAGAGAUUUUAGCCGCUCAAAUAAAAACGCCCCAACAGAGAUUUCAAGCAAGAAGGCAGUAUCACGAAAGCGCGACGUCGUUCCAGUUAUAAAGCGGGAUUACCGAGACCCAAGAUUUGAUCCAUCGGUAGGGCAGGUUGAUGACACGAAAGUAAACAAGGCCUACUCGUUCUUGAACGACUACAGGCAGGACGAGGUCAAGGCUCUCAAGGAGCAGAUUAAGAAAAUCAAGGACGAGCACGAGAAAGAAAAAAUGAAGCGUACUCUUCACUCGCUUGAAUCUAAAGUGAAGGCAGCGGCGAGGAAGGCAAAGGAGUCCGAGAUUCUGGACAAGCACCGCAAGGAAGAGAAGCAAUUAGUCAAGGAAGGCAAGACGCCGUUCUACCUCAAGAAGGCCGAGCAGAAGAAGCAGUUCAUCAUGGAGCAAUACAGCUCGCUCAAGGGGAAGCAACUGGACCAUGUUAUCGAGAGGAGAAGGAAGAAGGUGGAAGGAAAGGAAAAGAAGAACCUUCCAUAUGCCAGACGAGAUUUUGGCGGAGACAAUUGACCAUACUACUCAUGAAUUUCGUAGUACGCCUCUGGAUGGAAAAAUAUAUACCCCGGCGUUAGAUUAUGAGUCGAAUUGUAUUGUCUAUGUCCAAUAUAU